AUGUUCGAGACAAUAAGAAGACUUGCCAGGGCUCGGAUUGCAAAACGAUCGGCAAUCUCUCAUGCUCACAGAGGGAUUUGUACACCAUAUGCGACUGAGUUUCUUAAAGUAGAGAAGAAGAAAGCUACUGAAUGCACAAUUACAAGAAGCACCAACGGAAUGUAUGAAGCAAAGUUGGGUGGAUGUACUCACCGUGUCAGCUUGGAUAGAUGGACUUGCACGUGUAUGAAGUUUGAGAUUUGUGGUAUUCCCUGUGAGCAUGCCUAUGGAGUCAUUCUCCAUAAGAAGCUUAAGACUGAGGACUUCGUAUGUAAGUGGUUCAGAACGUCUAUGUGGAGAAGAAACUAUACUGAUUGCCUUAUUCCAGUGAGAGGUGCUCGAUUUUGGCCUCAAACGAGUGCUCCGGACGUUCAUAUUCCACCUGAUCCAGACCAACCGGGGAGGAAGAAGCUGCCUAAAGCUGAGAAGAAAAGAAAGAAACCGGCUAAUGAGUCUCCAACCAAGAAGCAACCAAAACAUAAAAAGAGAAUAAUGCACUGCGAAGUCGAUAAAUGA